AUGUCUUUGUCGUACGUUUUGCUUCAAUUCUUUGCAAAUGCUCUGUAAAUUUCAGGAAUUCGUUGCACGCGAAAGCGGCUUCUCACCAUCUGGAACGUAUCGGAAAAAGUUUGCUGGUGAAGCGGAAUGCCAGAGAUUUUAGGUAGCAUUUGUCUAAAAUUUCUGAACAUUUCUGAACAUUUUUCCAGCACGUGCGACAUCAAAGUGCUGAUGCAAACCGACUACGACAUGGUGCACUCGUCGGUCGUUUGUGCUCACUCGGCGCAGUUGGCUCACGAUUUCGAAAAUCAGCGCGGUCCGUAUCCGCCCGUCGAUUUGACCGCUUUUCAUCCGGCCAGUGUGAAAAGAGUCAUGGAUUGGAUGUAUUCGGGAGAGGUAUACAAUUUUGCCGAAUUUUCUUCGAAAUUCUCGAUAAAUUGUGUCGAAAAGUUUCAGAUUAGCAUUCCGGAGAGCGCGAUCGCUCAGGACCUGGCCGUCGCCGCUCACCUUCGGGUUUGUCGAUUUAUUAUUUUAAAAAAAUACGACUUUUUGUGCAGGUUACGAUGCUCCAGCGGCAGCUCGAACAGACGAUUCUGCGGUUCACCGGCUCGCCGAUAAUCGCGCUUAACGUCGCGUCGGAGCGCGCUUUUUCGGUAAUUUUUUAGGAUAAUUGCAAACUUGAUCCACAGUUCCACAUUUUCUCGCCAAAAAAAGCGCAUAAAUUCGAUUCUAGCAUGUUCUCUCUCUCUCUCUCUCUCUCAAACAGUGCUCCGCCUAGGUGAAGCCGCAAAGAACGUUCCGUCCCAACGUGACUCUAUUGCAUGUGACGGACGAAACGAUGCUGCGGCUGGUGCGGGACCUGCACGCGUGCAUCGACAAGCUCACCGAGGAGGACGUCGCCAAACUCACACUCAACUCGGUCGUCGCCGCGAUGGCCGUCGUGUUGCCGAUGGCAGAGAAGGUGCCGCUCAUCAACAUGGCCGUCCAUUGGUCAGUUUUUUUGUCCUCAACAAAUUGUGUAAAUGUCUAGGUGUUUCCCAAUGCUUUGCCAAUUUUUGCAGCGGACCAGCCAACCACCAACCACCCAAAUUUUUUCUAGGAUCAUGACGAAAAAGCCGGAAAAAGAGAUAAUCCACUCGAUUCUGAAGAGCAUCGUCAUAAGCGACGUCUCGUUCAACACUCUGUACACUCUUCGCUACUCGCUCAACCAGGUACGUCUCUUGGUUUUCUUCAACAUGGUCCAAAUUGUUUGAUGCUCUAAAACUUGAAAGUCGGUUUCCUUGCAGUACUUGACCGAUCCGAUCAUCUGCGGCAACUCGCAACUCUCGAUCUGUCCGUCCGGCUCGAUAGGUCUCCGCAUCGCCACGAAAAACGACAUUCCGCUCCAGAAGAAGGCCCCGCCUCCGCCAUCGCCCGUCGAGCGGAAGCCGUUCCGGACUCGUUCGGAACUCUCGGAAAUUGCCAAACUGCCCGAUUAUUUUGAAAAGUACACUUCGUCCCACCUUUUGUUAGUUUUCAGACGAAAAUUUUCAGAAAGGACGCCAUCACCCCUCCCUAUCAAGACCUGGCGACGCUCCGCCGUGACACCACCGACGGAUUUCCGAAAUAUUUCACUCGCAGCGAAGUGGAACACUUGCAGACGAUGACCGAUCCGUUUGGAAGGUUCGGCGCGCGUUGAUCACUUCUAAAAAAGUUGAAUUUAGCGAAUCGACUCGCGAGAUAAUAGACAAACCGGUGAAUAAAAAGAUGGGAUUCGCCGGAGCCUCGUUUGCCAAAUACCCGUAAAAUUUAUUGAAAAUAGCAUUUUUUUAAAAAUAAUAUUUGCAGGGAAUGGGAUCCGACAACGUCGCACCAGAAAGCGGCGGCCGAGAAGGCGAAACAGGCGGAGUUUCGUGCGAAAUACUCGGAAUCGCACAUUGCCCAAGUGCGCAGCAUGCCUGAUCCGUUUGCGUGCGUGGUCCCGAAUGGUGGAGGUGGAAUAUCAACUGUCCUAUUUUCAGAUCGAAACGGACCCGAUCGCCGGUGGUGAUGAGACCGGUGAACGGCAGCUCGGCGAGCAACACGAAUGUGAGAAGCCAGCCGAGAGAGGUGGCGCUUCCGGAGUGCUACGGAAGCUAUGGCAUAUCGAGAGCAGACAAGUGGGAUCAAAUUGAGGUCACUUUCAGACAGCAAACCACUUGCAGAGCGCUCUUUGGAAACGACACUUCGGUGAAGACGGCCAAAUCGGCGACCCCCCACAACAACAACGGCAAGCAGAGCUGGUCGAGAGCCGAGGCGGAGCGCAUGGCCAGAAACCGUCAGCCCAGUUGGUUUUUUGUCUUUUCUUUUUCGGGACUCCCGUAAACCAGACAUUUCGAAACUAGGAACUGAAAAACACGAAGAAAGACGCAAGCUUUUUUCAUUUUCAGAUGGAUCUGAUUUUGUGGUGACGCCGUCGACGAAAUCGCCGAGAAGCGCCCGUUCGGUGACGUCCAAUCCGCCGGUGAUCAAUCCGCGGAGGACGGAUUCGGAGAUCCUCGAGAUCAACGCCUACCCGUCGCUCCGCUCGAACAUUUCCACCUCCAAUUCUUCGGGAAUCAAUGGCAAGAAGGAGCAGCCGAAGAACAACUUCCGUUAGUUUAUAAAUUUAAAUUUUCAAAGCGUUAUACGUCUUGUUGCAGAAAAAUCCGACUACUUGUACCCGAAGUGA